ACUAACGGUCGCGCACACACGCCGGCUCGGUGAGAGAGCAGAGACUGUGCUGCAAAACGCAGAGAAUUCAAAUAUAAAUAGAAUUUAAAAUCUUCCAGACACCGCAGCACUUCAGCAGCCUCUUCCUCUUUGGAGAUGUCUCUCUCUGCCAUGUCUUUCUCCCUGCUCCUCCGACGCUCGCUUCCCUCAGUCAGCCGAAGCGCCAGCGUGCGUACGAGCCGGUGUGUGUGUGCACCCAAGUCGGUGGACCCCGGGUGUCGCUGGUACGCCGCCUCCCGCUUGGAUGCUGAUGGAAGCGGACGGCCGACCACGUGGGACUCCUUCGGUAUCUGGGACAACCGGAUCGAGGUGCCCAUCCUGUUGCCGCCCAGCAUCCGCUACGGCAAGCCCAUACCACAGGUCGGCCUGGCCCACGUCGGGUCCGCCUCCCAGAUCGGCCGUCGCCAUUACAACGAGGACCGGCUCAGAGUGGCCGAGCUCACACCCAGCACGCUCUACUUCGCUCUGUUUGAUGGGCACGGCGGGGCGCAGGCUGCGGAUUUCUGUUUCGCCAACAUGGAGCGCUACAUCAGAAAGGGUCUGAAAGACGAAGAAGAUCUAGAGCAGGUCCUAAUAAAAGCCUUCCUACAGGUGGAUGCUGCUCUGGCCUCUCAUCUGCAAGUGUUCGGCAAUGCGUCCCUGAUGACGGUGGGGACCACAGCGACGGUGGCAUUGCUGAGAGAUGGUGUGGAGCUGGUCGUCGCUAGCGUCGGAGACAGUCGUGCUAUCCUGUGCAGGAGCGGUGAAGCACUUACUCUCACCGACGACCACACGCCAGAGAGAAAGGACGAAAAACAGAGGAUACGAGAGAGUGGCGGUUUCGUAACGUGGAACAGUCUGGGUCAGGCCAACGUGAACAGCCGCCUGGCGAUGACGCGAAGCAUCGGGGACUUUGACCUUAAACAGAGCGGCGUCAUCGCGGAACCCGAAACCUCUCGAGUUAUACUUCAACACACCCACGAUGCAUUUUUGGCUCUGACCACGGAUGGCGUUAACUUCAUCAUGAGCAACCAGGAGGUCUGUGACGUCAUUAACCAGUGCCAUGAUCCUACAGAGGCGGCUCACGUCAUCGCCGAGCAGGCUCUGCAGUACGGCUCUGAUGAUAACAGUACCAUCAUUGUGGUUCCUUUUGGAGCGUGGGGAAAGCAGCAGAACUCCCCGCAGAGCUACUCCAUGAGCCGAAACUUCGCCUGCAGCGGACGCUGGGCUUGAAAUGUUGCAACCGUGGAGGCCUGACCUCACCGCGAUGUGGAGUUGCACAAUGUAGCCUAAAAGCCACGUCUCAAAUUUUACCACAAUCAUCAAGUCUUUAUCAGGCAGUAUUUUGUAACAGCUAAAGAUUUGACAUUUGCUCUGUCCAAUAUGAAUUAAGAAGUAUUUUAUUUAAGAUGUUUAAUAAAUAUUUGAGAGUAUUUGAUAUUUUUCUACCAAUUGGUAUUUUCCCCCUGUAUAUAUUUUCAUUGACUAAAUAAUAAAUGUGCUAUAUUA